AUGGAUUUGUAUGGAUUACGUGGAGACUCAUGGUUUGAUGAACUGUAUGAGAUUAGGGAGUCAUGGAUUCCGGCUUAUUAUAAGGAUUAUCAUAUGUCCGGUCUAAUGAAAACAACUUCCAGGUCGGAGAGUAUUAAUGCUUUUUUUAAUGUUUAUGCAUAUUUUUGGCACGAUCUAGUCAUUUUUCUUCGUUCUUUUGAUAAUGCAAUUGAAAGCCAACGGACGACACAUGGGUCGCUAGAGGUGACAACGAAGUGCACAAUUCCUCGAUUGGUGUCUCCUUGCAAAUUAGAAGCUCAUGCAGCAGAAGUAUAUACACGGAUGAUAUUUUUCGAAGUUCAAAAAGAGUUAAGAAAGGCUGUUUGGCUUUGUGGAUGGGAUGGAUUCACUGACGUUGGUGAAACCCAAGUGUACACCAUAACACACAAGAACAGAGCUUCUAAGAUCACCACAAAGUACACGGUUGUCAAGAACAAGAUUGAAGACUCGUAUGAUUGCUCAUGUAACUAUUUUGUUCGUAACGGGAUUCUAUGUCGUCACGCUCUCAAGGUAAUGUUAAAUGACGGGGUUGAUAGAAUUCCAGAUAUGUAUAUACUUCAUCGUUGGAGACGCGAUCUAGUCCCGAUGGAGUGGUUACCAGUACGUUUCAGAUAUGGGGAAGUUGACGCUGAUAAGGAGAGGCUGAUGAGUGUUGCUUAUUCGUAUUUUGAACGUAUUCUAGGUCGAGUGCGAAAUGAGAAACAUAUUUUGUCAAAAUUUGUUGACCAACUUCAAGAAUGGGAUACAAAGAUUGAUAAUGAACUUCCUAUACAGUCACACGCUCAAGAGACAACAUCAUCUAUUAAAGAGUUUCUUCGAGUAUCUCAACCUGAAAAUAUUGAUGUUCUACCUCCAACCGACAUACGGAAUAAAGGUUGUGGGACUGGUAAGAGGCUUAUUAGUGCUGCCGAGAAAGCAAUUUCGAAUGGCAAAAAGCAAAAGAGAAAGUGUCGGUUAUGUCUUCAAAUGUCUACACAUGAUUCGAGGAAUUGUCCAAAACGUGAUUCCACUUAA